CAGGUUUUGGAAGAAACGAAACGAAACGAAACGAAGAAAACACGAAAGAAAAAAAUAAUCCUCAGCAGCUUUGAAGAAGAGAGAGUUUUGAUCUAUCGUCGUCACAAGUUGUUCAGAUCUCCAGAUUUCUUCUUCUCUCGAUCUGUAAAUCUCCUGCAUAGCUCCUUAACGAUGGCGACUGAGAAUCACGCCGAUAAGAAUGUUGUUUUCAGAAAACUCAAAGCCAAAUCGGAGAACAAGGUGUGCUUCGAUUGUAGUGCGAAGAAUCCAACCUGGGCUUCGGUCACUUACGGCGUCUUUCUCUGCAUCGAUUGCUCAGCUGUUCAUCGAAACCUCGGUGUCCACAUCAGCUUCGUCAGGUCGACGAACUUGGAUUCGUGGAGUCCAGAGCAGCUAAGAACAAUGAUGUUUGGUGGUAACAACCGAGCUCAGGUGUUUUUCAAGCAGCAUGGCUGGAACGAAGGCGGCAGAAUUGAUGCUAAGUACACUUCGAGAGCUGCUGAUUUGUAUAAGCAAACUCUCGCUAAGGAAGUUGCUAAAGCAAUGGCUGAAGAAGAAGCUACUUUGCCUUCUUCAUCUGUUGCUGCUACUUCUCAGCCGGUGGAGCCUCCAGCAAAAGAGACUUCUUUGGUUGUUAAGGAAGAGGCAACUGUUGCUGUCUCUUCUCCACCAAAGGCUUCUCAGGGAGCUGUUGCUAGUACCUUUAAGAAACCUCUUGUUGCUAGAAAGACAGGCAAGACUGGUGGUCUUGGUGCUCGUAAGCUUACCACUAAGCCAAAAGAGAACCUUUAUGAUCAGAAGCCUGAAGAGCCUGUACCUGUGAUUCCUGCUGCUUCUUCGACUAAAACUACAUCAUCAUCAUCGGCUGGAUCGUCGUUUGCCUCUCGGUUUGAGUACUUUGAUGAGGAGCAGUCUGGUGGGCAAAGUGGCACACGAGUGCUUACCCACGUCGCUCCACCAAAGUCAUCGAAUUUCUUUAAUGAGUAUGGAAUGGACACUUCUUUCUCCAAGAAACCAAUCUCAAGCUCGUCAAAAACUCAAGUUGAAGAAACUGAUGAAGCGAGAAAGAAGUUUUCAAACGCGAAAUCGAUUUCAUCUGCACAGUUUUACGGGAAUCAGAACAGAGAUGCUGAUCUUGAAUCAAAAGCUACUCUUCAGAAGUUCUCGGGCUCAGCAGCUAUUUCAAGUGCUGAUCUUUUUGGUCAUGGACAAGAUGAUUCCAACCUUGAUAUCACUGCAAGCGAUCUCAUCAACCGAAUCUCUUUCCAGGCGCAGCAAGAUGUGUCGUCCCUUGUUAACAUAGCGGAAGAAACGACCAAGAAGCUGGGGUCAUUGGCAUCUGGUAUAUUCAGUGAUCUUCAGGAUAGAAUGCUCUAAGAAAACAUACAAACAUCUUUGUCUUUUGAUUGACAGAGAGAACACAUUGUGGUAUUUGAAAGGUUUUGUGUUUUGUUCUGUAGCAAUUUAAUAACACAAAACUUAUAUGCUCAAUACUCAAACAGGUUUGGCAGUUUCUAAUUCAA